UACUGUCAAACGGUCGUGUAGAGGGUUGGUGUUAGUCGUACCGUAUCGUAUCGCAACUAGGAUCGCCCAUUAGCGUGCCGUUCGUGAAUGUGUACUUGCUACGGCUUAAACCGCUUCCGAUUAAUUGCGUUAUUGCAAUAGUGUGCGCGUGUGUGUGAGUAGCUGAGUGUGGUGAAGAUGUAUGAUCGAGUGUGAUCGGAUACUUCCUAUAGUUUGACGCUAGUUGAAGUCAUCGGAAAGGAUCCGCUCUUCAUAAUACGAUCAACAGCUAGUAUUCGCUGAGAUUAUAGAGUGGUGAAAAAUCUUAUUGAAACAUCAAGACUCUUACGAGUCUUGAGUAUGUACUAAAAGCUUCCAUUAAUGAGAAAAAUACCGUGCAGGAGAUCGUCACUCGUUUGAAACGCUCGUAUCGAACGCUAAUCGUAUGCGUGACAGCGUUGACUCCCACAAGAAGUUUGCAACGCAAUCUAAUCGCGUUCAACGCUACUAUCAAGAUGGCGGAAAGACGCCAUUGCUAGCCAUAUACCCAUUCGGUUGGCUAUCGCAGCUCUAAGACUCUACAACAUUAUCGUCCGAAACAUCGGUGUGAACAUCGUGCAUCAAGUGUGUUGCAUUUUGCACUAAAGGUGUUCCUGUGUAUUGAAGAGUGAUUGUGUUGUGAUAAACAGUGGAUCAUCCAGGUUCCGGAAAGGAUAUCGUAACCGACCAAAGCAGUUUUGCACCAUCGUUCAUCGGCUUUUGUAACAGUUUGCGCCCGGUGAAAGUGUAAUAGAGCAUACAAUCUUUGCCUCGCUUGAGAUGGUAUAUAGUGGGUCCGCAUCGGUCUGGUACCAGCGUACACGGACAUACACGUAGAAUCGACUGAGGAAGAAUCGGACCAACAGGAACGAGUGAAGAAGUCGAAAGGAUCCGCCAGCCUUCGGUACCAAUCCUGCAAAAUCCGGCGAGUAACGCCCAACGCAACCGAAUCCGUCAUCCGUCGCUAGCAUCCGUGUACGCUACUUGCACGGCCGAGCACGGACGGUACGCUGGCCCACACUCCUCCAGCCGGGGCAGUGCAGCGGGGCAAGGAUGCACCGGUUGCCGCCCGCACCAAGAUGACGGCAGCACGGCAGGAGGGUUUACGCCCGCACCGCAAACGUACCCACCGCCAGAUGGCGCACAGAUGGCGCACGGGCGGCCGAAACUACAAACCCGGCAGGGCAACCGUACCACCACCCGUAAACGACGGGUGGCGAGAAUCCACAGCGCGAACGGUGGGCGAUGAUUUGCCCAAAUCCAGUCCGGUGCCAGUAGACAGCUGUAACCAUACUAGUUUUAAUUAUAAAUUUUAUCGUUACCAAUACCUUCGACCUGUAGCUAUUCUGUACAUAGCGAUAGCGAUAAUUCUAGCAAACGUGUCAGCAUUUGAGCCGGACUUUGUAUAUCCACUGGAGAACGUAACCGUCGCGAAAGGUCGUGACGCCACGUUCACCUGCGUCGUGAACAAUCUCGGUGGUUAUCGGGUGGCCUGGAUAAAGGCGGACGCAAAAGCGAUCCUGGCAAUACACGAGCAUGUCAUCACGAACAAUGGCCGAUUGUCGGUGACGCACAACGACUACAACACCUGGACGCUGGUGAUCCGGAACGUCAAGAUGGAGGACCGGGGCGUGUACAUGUGUCAGGUCAACACCGACCCAAUGAAGAUGCAGGUAUGGUUUGCAGACCGUUGGGUGUCGUUGCCUUUUGUUAUUUUGCAAAUUUUCAGUAUCUUCUUUUUGUUUUUUUUUACAUAUCUAUUUCAGACUGCCUUCCUUGAGGUGGUGAUACCGCCGGACAUCAUCUACGAGGAAACGUCCGGCGACAUGAUGGUACCGGAAGGUGGUUCGGCCAAGCUAAUCUGCAAGGCACGUGGCUACCCGAAGCCGAAGAUCGUGUGGCGAAGGGAGGAUGGACGUGAAAUCAUAGCCCGGAACGGCACGCACGGAAAGAUGAAAGCCACGAUAGUCGAAGGUGAGAUGUUGUCACUGACGAAGGUGACACGUUCCGAGAUGGGAGCGUACAUGUGCAUCGCCUCGAACGGCGUACCACCGUCCGUGAGCAAACGGCUCAAGCUGCAAGUACACUUUCACCCACUGAUCCAGGUGCCAAACCAACUAGUCGGUGCUCCGCUCGGCACGGACGUGACGCUAAUCUGCAACGUAGAAGCAUCACCGAAAGCCAUCAACUACUGGCAGCGUGAAAAUGGCGAAAUGAUCAUCUCCAACGAGCGGUAUCUGAUGAACGAGAACGAAAGCUCCAUGUACGCGGUCCAGAUGACGCUCGUCAUCCGGAAGCUACACAAAUCGGACAUGGGCGGCUACAAGUGCAUUUCGAAGAACAGCAUCGGCGAUGCCGAGGGCACCAUACGGCUGUACGAGAUGGAGCUGCAGAAGAAAACCAAGUCGGCACAUCGUGUGAACAGCGUGGAGGACACCUCGGGCAACGACGAAAUCAACUCAACGCCCAACAUCGACCAGUCCGAGGAGAGCAACAAAAUACACAAAAAUGGCCGACUUUAUAAGGGUUUGCAGGCGGGCGAACACGACCUAAUUAGCUCCAGCACCAACGAUGCGACCGGAUCCGUCCGAAGAGGAAGCUGGACGAGCUGGCAGUGUCUGAUGCUGGGGACGUUCGCAAUUCUAGCGGUACAGAUCCGAUGUUACGUCUACACGAUGCUGCCCAUCGUAGAGUGUUGAGUCUAGAGUCAGCGACACCCGUUGCGACGUCGUUGCGACAACAAAUCACAGGUACCAAUACGAGCCCUGGCAAGGGUCCAGGGAUCCAUCAAUAAUGAGCCGACGGCUAAAGUCAGCUGUUUAGGGAUGAACUGUUGGAAGACGUUGAUGGUGAUCUAAAACCUAGCAGCUCACACGAGUAAGACACGAUACUGGGAGGUAUUCAAACAGUUUCCUUGUGUAGAACUCAAACUGUUGCUGAUAAUUUUACCCCUCUGUUGGGAACUGUCAAAAACACAUGUUUUGACAACUACCACGAAUAUUCAACCUUAUUCUCCUUUUGCUUUGGAAAGAUCUUCCAACAGGUAAGUGCCACUCGUAUUGAUAAGACAUCCAUAUCAUACAUUUCGCAACGUAUACGCCUAGUGGCACGAGAUCUGUCAAAGUUUGACGUUUACUAGCUCGUUUUUUUUUGUUAUCUCUCAUCGGCAAGCAGUGUGAGCUCUACAUAGGAAACAAUGUAAAAUAGCAACAGCAACACACAAAAAAACUCUCCUACGAUUUGAUUCACAAAUCACCGGUGAAUCGAGGUGGGAAAUGGGAAAAGCAUCUACUACCACUGUAAGCUAGGGAACCUAUAGAGAUAACCAAGCAUGAUCGGGAUGCAUGAAUGUCUGCGAGGACUGAGCUUCUCGGCGGAAAAAACUCUUUGCACCCUCCAACGUUAAGCCCGCAAGGUGAGUUCACUAACCAAAAGGCUAGGUAGCUAAACAGCAGGAGGGUUUGAGUGUCCGCGAAUGUCUGCCGGGUGUGUGUUUGAGCAUAGUACGUGUGUGUGUGUCACAGUAGCGUGUAGGCCGUUAUAUCAUUCUAGGGAUGUAAAAUUUGACAGCAAAACUUAGCGAAAUCGAACCUUGUUUCCUUGUCUUGCUGACGAAGGUGAAGACAAACCACACGGACUUCGUACCGUUUUUUGGCCGAACUACAGAGAACCUGACUAGAAAAUCGAGUUCCAGUCAACCCAAAAACGGAUUAGUAAAAUGUUUUGCUACACUCAAAUACCAAUGUCAAACCGAGUAGAGCGAGAGAGAGAGGUGUUGGAGUCCAAGAUUUUAGCUAGAUGUUUGUGCUGCUCCGAGAAUUGUUAGGAUAUCCACAGCUAAUGUCCAUAAAUGGGUUAAAAACAGGGGGGAUGCGGAGAUGCAGUAUGCAAAAAGCAAAUACACCCAGAGCACCCACGGCAAACCAAUUACGAAGAUGAGACAAAUGUGGUGCAUCUGUGAGGUUUCCUUCUCUCGCACAAUGUGUUGUUUGCUUCCCGUUCGGUUCAGUCGUUUAGCCAACGGAACCGUAAACAGUCCAUUCAUCAUGGCUUUGGUUUGGUUAAUGGUGCACCACCGUUGCACAUGACGCACGAUGACGAACAUUGCACCUAUCUUUUUUUCUCUCUCUCUCUCUCUCUCACUCUGCCAUGGUAUGGAAAUUCCAGUGGGGAGAACUGGUGAGGUUUUUUUUUUGCCAGCAGCAAUCACACUUCAUUGUCACCGGGAUUGGGCAGUGAAGCAUAAACGCUGCUGCCUGCACCAGCUUACGGCUAAUGAGUUGAAAUGAAUGAGGAAGCACGACAGUUGCAAAGGCAAACAAAAACUGAACGCAGAUGAGUUCGCAAAAGGCGCGGAAUAUUUGCCGUCAUUAGCCUUAAUGGAAAUUAUUUCCAGCGAGCCGAGCCAUUCAUUGUAGUAAUCUACCGUUUUGUUGGGGUUUUUUUUCUCUCUCUCUCUCACUGUGCAUACUUUCAACCACAUGUGUGUCAGUGUGUGUGUGUGUUGGGAAAGGAUUGCAACUACAUCUGUUACAUGAUUCAGUUUCGCGCUCAAACGUCACAAAGUCAGCGUGCGCUUUUAGCGAUUAAAAAAUCAGCUAGCAGUCGGUGCGGUGAGAGACAACAAAACUAAUCCAUCUCAGAUUGGAAGAAAAGUGCCAAAACAAAACCAUUUACAAGGAAGAGGUAAAAUUUGAAAUAACAAAAAAAAAACUCUACAGACAAACCCUCGAUUCAUUCGGCUGUAAAUGGUAAAGUAAGUGAAGUUUUCUGUUUCAUGAAAAUAGCACCAUUAACAUAGGCUACACGAGAAAAGGGUGAAAAGUUGUUAUUAAAUGUAAAAAAACAAACAAACAAAAACACGCAACAAACGCUAAACAAAACGGGAAAUACUAGAGAACGCAAGUAGCGACUACAAUGCUAUUAUAAAUGCAUACAUUCGGGCGCUAAACGAUGAAUGCAAGCAGGAACAAAAAGGCGAACAGGUAGGCAAUAAAAAGGGUACAGGAAAAGGGGAAAAUGCGGGCGGAAGGAAAAAAUCUAAUUAAGCACCCAUUCUGUCACGAUAAUAAGAGUAAUGGUAACACUAAUGAUUAUGAAUUGAAAUUAUUACUCUAUCAAACCCAAAAAGAAAAACAAACCAAACACCCUACAUGUAACAAUAAUAAAUGCAUUAUCCAGGUGAAAAGCAAAACAAUUUAAAGUUUGCCGUUUGGUGGGAUUAAAUCCGAAUAAACGACCCCCCAAUCUCUUUGUUGUUUGUUAAAAUAAACCUAUUACAAGCGAUUUUUUUGAAAACAACAUUGCAUACUAUUAGGCGAACGAUGGUUUUUUGUUUUCGCUGUGCAGUGAGGAGCGCAAGCAAAGUGCGCCUACAAGGUAUGCAAUUUGAUGUUUUUUUAUCUUUCAAAUCAUCUCGUUACCCUGGUUUGUUUGCUUCCUUUAUCACCUGUCACCUGUCACUUGGCUAUAUGACGAUAAUAAAUACAUUUUCAUCUCAUAAAACAUUACAGAGAACAUCAUUCAUACUCUCUUCAUAAUCAUUAUAGCUCAAAACAAAAACUGACACAGAAAAAAAAAAAAAAAAACCAAGCGAAAGAAAUCAAAACACUGGCGGGUUUAGCGUGGCGUGUGGUUAUGAUAGUUUAACGUUUUUGCGAAAAAAAAACCCAACAAAACAAAAGGAUAAAGGUAAACACAGAAAACAAGAAAAAAAACAUAAACCAAUACACAAAAGUAUAACUCACCAGGCACCGAGGGCAAUCGAUCAAUCAAUUCCGUUGAUCUAUUACAUAUAUAUAUAAAUAAGCAUUCGAUAUUUACGCAUACAAUCAGCCGCAAAACGCAACGCUCACGAGCGGUUUAGAGUUGAGGCUUGACGGGUGGAAGAUAGCAGAGAGAGAGAGAAAGAGAAGGAGAGAGAGAGAGAGAGAGAGAGAGAGAGAAAGGUUGGAAAGGGGAUGCUAUAUUUGUUGGUUUUAUCGUUCAAUAUCUUACGUAAGCUGUUAGAUUUAUGGGGUGCGAGUCUGAACUGUGUGUGUGUGUGAAGUGCAUGUUUGUAUGUAAGUGUGUGUGCAUGCUUGUAUGUGAGAUAGAAAGAUUCCCGGGGGAAAUCAAAACAAGAGAAAAAAAGAAGGAAAAACAAGGGUCUGCGGUAAAGAGAAGAAAAAUGAAGGAAAGAAAACCAGCAACAACAAUAUGAAAAAAGUUUGUUACAUAGUUUACCAAAUGGGUUUAAUCGUUUCCCUUUUUGUGCAGUAACAAAUACAAACGAAAAGACAUACCGAAAAAUCUACAGUUUGGUCAAGCAAAGCAGAGAAAAAAAAACGGAAAAACUCAACAGAACCGUAAAAAAUAAGGUAAAGGAGAAGCAAAAACUAAAACUAAAAUUUAAAAACAAGAAACAAAAACAGAAGUAUCAAUAGCUUAGCGGAACGAUAGAAGAAAAACAACAAUGCACAAUAAGGUGGGGACACACAAGCAUACAAUGCAUAAGUUUUGUCCUCCCGUAGCAACCCAAACCGGCGAGGGCAAAGUGUGCGUGUAAAAAGCGACUAAAAGGGGAUAUAAAGAAGAAGCAGAAAAGUAAACCUUCACAGCACUGUAAAAAAACGAUAAAAAAAACAUGCAACUGCUAAAACACACACCAUGAAGGAAUACAAAUAUUGCUAACUCCGAAUUGGAAAAACCCCGAAGCAACAAAAUCAUACAAGCUUAAUCAAGAAAUACAACCACAAAAAUAUUAAAAUUAACAAGUGAACAAAAAACCCAACUACCACGAAAAACAAACGAGAAAUAUGAAGAAAAGUUACUAACCGCAAAUAGAAAAGUAACUGAAGCAAAAUGGAAGACGGUACUGAGUCCAGCACAACACUCAACUUUGGAAAAGAAGUAAAAUAAUGAGCAAAAAAAGGGGGUGAAUGAUAAUGUUGCAACUAUGAGGUAGAUAAGUAAAUGCAGAGUAAACGCAAAUAGAAUAACGUGCAACAGCAAAACAAAGGCAAAACAUAACAAGGAAGUGUUGUUCACAUUCGUUUUGUUUAAUGCAGCAUGUGUUGCAAAAGAACACACGCACACAUCAGAAGCAGUACGAUUUAUGAUAUAAUCAUAAGAGCAAACAACACUGAACAUAACAAACGAUUGAACUACUGAUGAGAAAUACACGAAUAAUAAAACUAA